UUCUCGUUCGUGAAUAAAGUUUCUUCGAUUCGCUAACAAAAGCUAAGGGCUCUCAAUAAGAAACUGAAAUCUUAUCGAGAACAAAACGGUAUUAAAUAUGAAUCAAAAAGUUCUAAUUCUAGCAAUAUUUUGUGGCAUUUUUAUGUGUUCAAAUGCAACUGGAAAUAUUGGAUCAGUGCUAUCGCCAAUUAUUGGUGUAAAGACAGGAAUAAUUGAAGCAGUACAAAAGGCAGUGAAUGCAAAAUAUGAUGCUAAAUUAAAAGCACUAAAUUCAUUAAGUGGAUUAGGAGGUGGAAGUGGAAAUGGAGGUGGAUUUGGUGGUUUUUCUGGUGGAAAUGGAGGUGGAUUAGGAAGUCUUUUUGGAGGACUUUCAGGCGGUUCAAGUGAUAGUGGAAGUGGAAAUAUUUUAGGAGGCUCUGGAGGCAAUCCAUUAGCACUCAUUCAUUCCGUAAUUAGAGGUUUUACAAGCAAACUUGGUGGAUCAUCAGCAAGUUCUCAAAGUAUGUCAUUAGAUUUCGGAAAUGAUGAUAGCUUCAAUGGUGAUGGUUCAAGUAGCUACGAUGCAUCGGCUGAUGGAUUAAGCUCAUCAUCGUCAUCAGGUGGUUUCCAAUCAUCAGGCGGAUAUGAUACAAAUCAAUAUUCAUCAUCAUCAUCUCAAGGAACUCAAUUCUCAGCCGAUACAGGAUAUAACUAUCAACCACCACAGCCAGCUCCCCAACCAAUCCCUUAUCAACCUCCUCAACCAUCAAAUAAUGGAUAUAACUACCAAGCACCUCAACCAGCACCAGACUGUAAUAAUGGACAUGGAGGUCUUUCAUCAAGCGGAAAUGGAAAUUUUGGCGGUAGUUCAUCAUCUUCUGGUUCACUUUCAUCAAAUGGAAAUGGACAUGGAGGCAGUUCAGGAGGAUUUGGCGGUUUCCAAAAUAUCUUGGGUGGUUUAAAACAAAUACCAGUUCAGAUAUUGACAGCCAAGAAAGGUUUGAUAAACAGCAAAAUUGACAAAAAGAUUGCACACUUUCAAAAAUCAUCUGGAGGUGCUUCAUACUAAAACGCAGGUGUCAAAUCUCUAAUACAUAUGUACAUAUAAACGAACAGACUAGACAAAGAUUCACAGGCCAAGAAUCAUUUGUAGGAUUAUAUUCAUUUUUAUGAUUAAGUAUUAUCUUAAAAUGUAUUGUAAAGAAACCAACACUAAAGAUAUUGCUAAUAGACUUAGACAAUUUUUGUGUGAUUCACGUAAUCAUUCUUCAUGCUGAGAUUUUUUUUCGACAAAUAAAAAAGAAAGAAUAAG